AUGUCGACCCCGCGGAUGCAAUGGGUGAGCCAGCGCAUCGUGGAGACGUUCGAGCCCAGCGCGAGUCAAGCCGACGUGAACGAGUUUCUAGCAUCUCCAGCCACACGGAAGCUGUUCGACGAGUUACUUAGUGGCAAAGACGCGUGCAAAGUUAAACUGUGUGCGUCGGUGGGGAAUUCCGUGCCGAUUCGAGCCAAAUGCUGCUUCUUCCUGCGCACCACCGCCGACGGGAAGCCCGUGGACGUCCAGAAAGCCAGCGAUAACUCCAUUUGCUUCGGAGAAUUGGCCUCUAACAUCUUACGAGACCUCGAGACGACCAUCAGCUCGUUAUUUUCGCCUCUUUUGAAGGCCAAAGACGAGUGGGGGAAAGCAGAUUCCGACUUAAAAAACGAAUUUAUGACGGAGUCUGAAAAAUUCGCCAGCGACCUCAAAGAAGCGUUGAAUAGUAUGGAUAGCGGUCUUGAGUUAAGAAGACCCGACCGUAGUAUUUUAGCUGAGACCUUGAUCGCACACUAUGAAGAGGUCCUUAAAGAGUGGUGCGACGUCAUCUCGACGUACUUGGAGACUAAUACGACGACUGACGGGAGAGGGAACAACGACCAGACCAUCGACGACGACGGUCCGAUGGGGGAGUUGGAGUACUGGAGACGACGCAUGCAACGCCUUACCAGCAUCACGGAACAGCUCAAGAUGAGCGAGUACAAGGACGUGUUUGCUGUGCUCAGUAGGACCACAAAGAGCGUGAGUGACGACAUUAAACAGCGCCUCCAGACGCUGCUCCGACGCUGGAAACAGAUCGACAUUGGCAUCACGGAAGCAGCCAAUGAAGCCAAAGAUAACGUCAAGUAUCUCUUCACGCUAGAGAAGUUCAUCAUCCCGUUAUAUAACGGCACGCCCAGCUCCAUCAUCGACACGUUGCCGGCGCUUAUGAACUCGAUCAAGAUGAUCCAUUCCAUCGCGAGAUACUACAACACCACCGAGAGGAUGGCCAACUUGUUUACGAAGAUCACGAACCAGAUGAUCAGCAACUGUAAGCAGUGUGUAACCGGCGGGGAGAACUACGAAGUCAUGUGGGAUAAAGAGCCCGAGGAACUCGUCCGUCAUCUGGACUCGUGUCUCAAGUUGAACGAGGCGUAUCAACAGCAGUACCGAGUGACCAAAGACAAGCUCUUCGCGACGCCCAAAGGCAAGCAGUUUGAGUUCAACGAGAUGAAGAUCUUUGGCAAGUUCGACCUCUUCUGUCGCCGCGUCAUGAAGCUCAUCGACAUGUUCACGACGAUCCACCAGUUCUCGUCUCUUGGCCAACAUCGACUCGAGGGAAUGGAGGACCUGAUCGCCAAGUUCAACUCGAUAAUUCGCGAGUUCCAGUACCGUAACCACGACUUAUUAGACUACAAGAACAACCGCUUCGACCGCGACUAUGUCGAGUUCAACGUCCGGAUAUCCGAUCUCGAAGGGCUACUGCAGAAGUUUAUCAACGAGUCCUUCGAGAACAUCACGUCGAUCGAGCACUCGCUGAAUCUUCUGCGUAAGUUCCAGACGAUCCUGCAGCGAGAGAACCUCAAGUCGGAUCUGGACUCGAAGUUUAACGUCAUUUUCCAGAACUAUGGACUCGAACUGGAGCAUGUGCUCCAGCAGUACGAAAAGUACAAGCAGAACCCUCCGUAUCCGCGUAAUUUACCGCCCGUGGCAGGUAAUAUAACGUGGUCCAGACACUUGUUGAAGCGGAUUGAAGAGCCCAUGAAGAAGUUCGAGUCGAACCAGAACGUCCUGGCCAGUAAAGACGCCAAGCGGAUCAUCCGCAUGUACAACAAGGUGGCGAGGACGCUGGUGGCGUUCGAGUACAUCUGGUACCAGGCGUGGGUGCAGUACAUCGACACGGCCAAAGCUGGACUGCAAGCCACGCUGGUCAUCCGCCACCCGGAAGACAACAAGCUUUACGUGAAUUUCGACCCGGAAAUCCUGCAGCUUUUACGUGAAGCGAAAUUUUUGGACCGCAUGGGCAUCGAGAUCCCGGAGGCGGCCAAGAUUGUGCUGCUGCAAGAAGACAAGUUCAAGAACUACUACAAUGAGCUGCAGUAUGCGCUGGCGGAGUAUGAUCGUAUCGUAACCAAGGUGAUCCCCGUGACGGCGAUGCUGCUACGCCCUCAUUUUAACGACAUGGAGUUCAAGUUACGUCCCGGGAUGAUCACGUUGACGUGGACGAGUAUGAACAUCGAGGCGUAUCGCAACCACAUCCACUCGGGGCUUCAGCAUUUGGAGGAAUUGGUGACAAACAUCAACGAUAUCAUCGAAAACCGGAUCGAGAAAAACAUGCGCAUUGUGUCCAAGACGAUGCUCGUGGAUCUCCCAGUGGACCAAUCGUUCUCUCUGGACGAGUUUGUGACGAUGCAGAGCGCGAAUAUCAAGCGCGCGGGCGCGUUGCUGCAAGGCAAGAACGUGGAGAUUGAGAACGCAGUGGAAGAUUUGCUCAAGAUCAUCAUGCAGUAUCCGCUAGACUCGCACAUCGAGGGCGUUUCGAACGACGAAGCCAUGAAGCUCAAGAAACACUACAACCACUUUAUGUAUCAAGCGCUGCUGCACUGUACCAAGAACUCGCUGAACACGAUCAAGAAGCGUGUGGCGUCUCGCGCCACGUCUUCAGUGUUCACGAUCGAGCGUCCAUUCUUCGAAGUGGACGUCCAGCUCAGUGUCCCGAACGUCCAGCUGCAUCCGUCGCUAGAUGAGAUCCAAUUGGCUAUUAACAAGGCAGCGCAGACGAUUCUAAGCUGCUCGAAGGAGCUGCUGGACUGGGGACAGAGCGAUUCGUCGACUGUAUCGGACGGUAACGGGAGCACUAACGCCGGUAAAAUCACGUUUUUCGACCGGAUUACCAAGGAUAUCGAGAUUGUUCGUGUCGUUCUGCUACUUACCGGGAGCGUCCAAGGUCUUCGCAACAAUGUGACGGAGUAUUUGGGGUCUUUCAACAAGUACGAGUGGCUCUGGAUGGAGCAAAAAGACGCGUCGUACGAGAAUUUCCUGAAACGGAGUCCGGAACUGCAGGAUUUCGAGAAGAAACUCAAGAGUUUUGUCGAGAUCGACGACGAGAUCUCGAGUUUGACGCCGAUCCACAACAUCGGCGCGUUGUCGCUGAACACGCGAAAUAUCAAGCUGCAACUGAAACACGAAAAUUCGCAGUGGAAGUUGAAAUUCUCCGACAAUUUACACAACCAAGCGCGACGCAAAAUGGAGUCGCUGACGGAAUAUUUCCGCUCGACCAUGGGCAAACUGAACCGGAAAGUGGUCGACUUGGACUCGCUGCGCUUCGUGAUGAACCUGCUGAAGGAGGUGCGAGCCCGGGAAAGCGGCAUCAACAUGGAGAUCAACCCUGUUCUGGACAUGUACGAGAUGCUCGAGUACUAUCUUCCUGAUGGCUUCAUGGAGAAAGAAGAGAUGGAUCAAAAGUCGGUACUACGGAGCAAUUGGCGCAAGCUGAUUCACCACGCCGAGGCCCGUACCGACGAGCUGAGUAAGACCCAAGCCGGCUUUAAACGUGGUCUUCUUCGUGACAUUAAGGAGCUCAUUGUGGACGUCAAACACUUCCGGGAAGACUAUCUGGCGCAUGGUCCAAUGGUCAUUGGAAUCCCCCCCGUGGAAGCGGUGGAGAGACUCAAUCGCUACAAGGAAGAGUACAAGAUUCGAGAGCGGAAGCACGAGCUGUACUUGUCGGGAGAAGAGCUCUUUGCGCUCCCAAAGACGACGUAUCCUGAGCUCGAGAUGACCAAGAAGGAGCUGCAGCUUCAGGAUAAAUUGUUCGGCUUGUAUACGGACGUUCUAAGUACGAUCGAAGAGUGGAAACAGAUCCCGUGGCUCUCAGUCGCAGAGCGAGUACAGUCGAUGACGGAGAAAGUGGACGCCUUCUCUCUGCGAUGUAAGAAAAUGCCUGGGAAGCUUCGCGAGUGGGAAGCGUAUACGGAUCUGAAGAAGAUGAUCGACGACUUCACGGACGUCCUACCUCUUCUUCAAGAGCUCAGUAAAGAGAGCAUCAAGCCUCGACACUGGGAAGCUGUUAUGGCGACUACGAAGACGCAGCUGGACGUCACCGCUCCGGAUUUCAAGCUCCAAGCGCUCAUGGACGCGAAUAUCGUCGAGUUUAAGUCGGAGAUCGAGGAAGUCACGGACGGCGCCGACAAACAACUGAAGAUCGAGAUCCAACUUGGCGAAAUCUCGGCUCGUUGGGAGACGGAGGAGUUCCAGUUCCAGGACUGGAAGAGCCGGAAUGUACCCAUCUUAAAGGCAGUAGUACCAGUUGUGGAAGAGCUGGAGGAGACGCAGAUGAAUCUACAGACGAUGCUGUCCAUGCGUCACGUAAUUCCGUUCAAAGACGUGGCGCAGGGGAAACUAGAGCAGCUUUCCGACACGUCCGAGACGCUGGAGAGGUGGAUUAAAGUGCAGAUGCUGUGGUGCUCGCUGGAAUCGGUAUUUACCGGUGGAGAUAUCGCCAAGCAAAUGCCCGUGGAAGCCAAGAAAUUCCAAAAAGUGGACAAGGAUUGGGCCAAGAUCAUGGCGAAAUCCGAGGAGCUCAAGAACGUGGUGGCGUGCUGCUCCAGUGAGCUACUCAAGUCGUGCUUGCCGACCAUGUAUUCCGAGCUGGAGAAGUGUCAGAAGAGUCUGGAAGGGUAUCUGGAGCAGAAACGAAACAAGUUCCCGAGGUUCUACUUCGUCUCGAACCCUGGGUUACUCAUGAUCUUAUCGCAAGGGAGUGACCCGCUCAGUAUGAACGAACACUAUGAGAAGGUGUUCGACUCCAUUGAGCGCGUAUAUCACGAUAAGAAGGACAAGACGUUGAUCCACACGAUGGUGUCUGGGGUCGAGGAAGUGCGUUUCUCGCAGAUUGUCAAAGCGCAGGGCAACAUUGAAGACUGGCUGGCGACACUGCUACGAGGCAUGCAGAUUACUAUGAAGGAUAUCUGUCGCCAAAGUGCAGUGGAUAUCGGCGUUGUGGGCAACGACUUGAAGCGCUUACGGGAGUUUGUGGACCGCUAUGUGGCUCAGUUCGCGCUGCUUGGGAUCCAGAUGAUGUGGACCACUGAUAUCCAGACUGCACUGGAGCAAUGUCGAGCGAAGAAAAACAUCAUGAAAGAUACCAGUACGAAACAAGCCAUGGUACUUACGGAGCUGUCCAACUGGUGUCUGGGAGAUCUUGGCUCCAAGGAGAACCGUAUCAAGAUUGAGACGCUCGUGACGAUCCACGUGCACCAACGUGACGUCAUGACGGACCUGGCGACGCUUUUCAAGCAGAAGAAAAUCUCCGACCCGAACGACUUUGAGUGGCUCAAGCAAGCGCGAUUCUACUGGAGACCGGGCAACGCCGACGAGUUCAACGCUGACGGAGCAUGCGUCAUCUCGAUUACAGACGUGGAUUUCAAUUACCAGUUCGAGUAUCUCGGCUCGAAGGAACGAUUAGUGGUGACUCCUCUGACGGAUCGAUGCUACAUCACUCUAGCUCAAGCGUUAGGGAUGUAUUUCGGCGGUGCACCGGCUGGUCCUGCAGGCACAGGGAAGACGGAGACGGUCAAGGAUCUAGGUCGUACACUCGGUAUCUACGUGGUGGUGACCAACUGUACUGAUCAACAGAAGUACACGGACUGUGCCAAGAUCUUUAAGGGGCUCUGUCAGGGUGGUUUAUGGGGCUGCUUCGACGAGUUUAACCGUAUCCAACUGCCCGUCUUGUCCGUGGUGGCUCAGCAAGUGCUGGCGAUUCAGAACGCCAAGAAGACUGGCACGAAGUAUUUCCAGUUUCCCGGUGAUCCGCAGAAUAUUUUACUUACGCAAGUAUGCGGGUAUUUUAUCACCAUGAAUCCGGGCUACGCCGGUCGGCAGGAACUCCCCGAGAACUUGAAGGCACUGUUCCGAGGUGUAGCCAUGAUGGUGCCUGAUUUCGAGAUUAUCAUGAAGGUCAAGCUCUGUUCAGUGGGGUAUUCCGAGUACCAGGAUCUGGCCAAGAAGUUUUUCAUCCUGUACAACACGUGCAAGGAACAAUUGUCGGCUCAGAAGCACUACGACUGGGGGCUCCGUAACAUUCUCGCCGUGUUACGCAGUGCCGGUAAGAUCAAACGUGACAACCGGAACGAUCUCGAGUCCAAGCUGCUGUACCAGACGCUUCGAGACAUGAAUUUGUCAAAGCUUGUGGCUCAAGAUGUGCCGCUAUUCCUGUCGCUCCUAGCUGACUUGUUCCCCACCGUGCAAUUCCCUCCCAAAGGAUCGUAUCCCGAACUUACUGUGGCGUUGCAAGCAGAGAUCGACAAGCAAGGCAUCGUGGAUCAUGCAGGCUGGUUCAACAAGGUCAUCCAACUAUACGAGACGCAACUGGUUCGUCACGGGAUCAUGCUGGUGGGUCCCACUGGCGGUGGGAAAACCAAGAUCUUCGACGUGUUGAUGCAGGCGCUAACACUGACCACCAACAUCGUCCACAAGCAGUCCAAGUUGAAUCCGAAAGCCAUUCGUGCCGCUGAGAUGUAUGGAGAAGUGGAUCCUAUGUCGGGGGAGUGGACAACGGGCGUAUUCGCUGCCAUGUGGGCGAAAUAUAACAAUAAAGCCAACAAGUUCAUCAUGUGGAUGACGUGCGACGGACCCGUGGACGCGAUUUGGAUCGAAGAUCUCAAUACGGUGCUGGAUGACAACAAGAUCUUGACUCUGGCGAACGGAGAUCGCAUGCCGAUGACGGACAAUGUGAAGCUCAUGUUCGAAGUCGAGACGUUGGUGAACGCCAGUCCGGCCACGGUCUCUCGAGCGGGUAUUGUGUUCAUUAGUGACACCGAUCUGGACUGGGCCCCCGUCGUGGAAGCGUGGAUCCGUAAACGUCCGUCGACACAUCAACAAGUUCUUCGGGAUCUCUUUAUGAAGUAUAUGGGCGAGAACAGUCCGAUCAAUCCGGGUCACUGCUUCGACUACUUGAACCGUAACACUGAAGGAGUGAUGAUUGUGUCUCGUGUGGGUCAGGCGUCUCGACUGUACAACUUGAUGACGGGGUUACUACUUGGAGAUCACGGUACGACCUUGUCGGAAGACCCCGCGAAGCUAGCGAUACAGUUAGAGAAGCUGUAUUUGUACUGUCUUUGCUGGUCUCUGGGCUCGCUCUUAGAGCAAGAAGACCGCGUCAAGUUCGACGAGUGGCUCCGACAGUACGACGACAAUGCGUUAUUGCCGAAAUGCGAGCCAGGUCAGACGGUGUACGAGUACUUUGUGGACCCUCAGACGUGGGACUGGAAGCUGUGGAGACCCGCCAAAUGGGAGUACCCGAAAGGCUCGAAGCAACUCGACUUCUCCAACUUACUGGUGCCUACCAUGGACUCGGUACGCACGCUGUAUCUCAUUGAAAACCUCCAUAAACAACGCAAGCCUGUGCUGAUGGUAGGCGGUCCUGGAACGGCGAAAACGUCGUCUGCGUUGAUGUUUUUCAACGAUCUGAAUCCGGACUUAAUGAUGAUCAAACGCGUCAAUUUCUCGAGUGCCACGACGCCCUUUAUGUUCCAAAACGCGGUUGAAAGUGAGCUGGACAAGCGCGGCGGCAAGAGCUUUGGUCCUCCAGGAGGGAAGAAGAUGACAGUCUUCCUGGAUGACCUCAGUAUGCCGCUAGUCAACGCGUGGGGGGACCAACCUACCCUCGAGAUCGUGCGUAUGAUCAUCGAGUUGAGCGGCUUCUGCUUCCUUUCCAAGGACCGACGUGGAGACUUCAAGGUCUGUGAAGAUCUGCAAUACGUCGGAGCCAUGGGACAUCCAGGAGGAGGCCGGAACGACAUCCCGAACCGGCUGAAGCGCCAGUUUUACCUGUUUAACUUGAUUCUCCCCUCCCUCACGUCCAUCGACGAUAUCUACGGCCAGAUGCUUGCAGGCAGAUUCGACUCGGAGACGUACAGUAAGGACACGCUCUCGGUGGUGAACAAACUGACGCGUGCUACGAUUGACCUGUGGAACUUUAUGAAGGCCAAACUUCUGCCCACUCCCGCGAAAUUCCACUACAUUUUCAACAUGCGCGAGCUGAGUCGUGUCUUCCAAGGGAUCCUACUCACUUCACCCGAGACGUUCACUAGUGGCGGUGGCAUUCGAGUCACGCAAGGCAAGUUGUCGAAAAUGGAUCCAGGUCAAGUGGUUCUGCUAACGUGGAAGCACGAAUGCGCGCGGGUUUUCUGCGAUAAGCUGACGAAUCACAAGGACAAAGACAUCUUCAAUGCGUACAUGAAGGAGCUGGUGAAGAGCCACUACGGAGACAACUUGGAGGAGUUCUGUCGACAGCAAUACUGUAUGGUCAACUUCCUUCGAGACCCCGAAGAAGACGAAGAAGGAGGCGUCGCAGACGCCGCGUUAAAGAUCUACGAACCUGGCGGUACAGUGACUGAUGUCCGCUCUCGCGUGCUCGAGUUCCUCGACAAGUACAACACCGACUUCCCUCAACGGCAGAUGCGUCUGGUGCUGUUUGACGAUGCGCUGGACCACUUGCUACGUAUCUCCCGCUUGUUAGAGAUGCCUCGAGGCUCCGCGUUACUGGUGGGUGUCGGUGGCUCGGGCAAGCAGUCGCUAACCCGCUUAGCAGCAUAUAUGGCUGGCUCAACUAUCUUCCAGAUUGUACUGACGAAGACGUACAACACCAAUUCGUUUAUGGAGGAUAUCCGUACGCUGUACAAGUCCGCGGGUCAUCUUCGUAAAUCCACGACGUUCUUGUUCACAGAUGCCGAGAUUAAGAACGAGAUUUUCUUAGAGCUCAUCAACUCGGUCCUGAUGACGGGAGAAGUGGCUGGGCUGUUCGCCAAAGACGAGAUGAUGGCUAUGACUGCAGAUCUCCGGAACUCGUUCGUCAAGGAACGUCCAGGUCAAGCCGAGAGCCAAACAAACUUGAAGCAAUACUUUACCGACUGCGUACGUGACAAUCUCCACGUCGUCUUGUGUAUGUCGCCGCUUAAUGCGAAAUUCGCGGAACGAGCGCGAAAAUUUCCCGGGUUGAUAAGUGGACCCACGAUCGACUGGUUCUUACCGUGGCCUGAAGACGCGCUUAUCGCCGUCUCUAAGGGCUUUAUCCAGGAUUACCCCAUGGAAUGUGACGCGACCACCAAGCAGGCGUUGAUGACCCACAUGGGCAUGGUCCACCGUAUUGUCACGGAUUUGUGCGAGGAAUACUUCCAAAAAAUGCGUCGACGCGUGUACCAAACGCCAAAGUCGUAUCUGAGCUUCAUCGAGUCGUACAAGAAGAUGUACAACGUCAAGCUGGACGAGAUUAAGGUCAAGGAGCAGCGUGUGAACUUGGGGCUAAAGAAACUCAUCCAAGGAGCCGAAGACGUGCGCGCCAUGUCGAUCGUACUCGCCGACGAACAAGUCAAGCUCGAGAAAGCCACGGAAGAGACGAAUACGAUGCUACAGUCGCUGCAAGUGUCGUCCGCUGAGGCGCAUAAAGAAGGCGACCAAGUGGCGCAAAUCAAGGCCAAAUGCGAGGAAGACGCGGCGCGUAUCUCGGCCGAGAAGGAGCUGUGCGAACACGAUCUGGCCAAGGCCAAACCGUUCGUGGAGGAAGCCGAGACGGCGAUUGACUCGAUCAAACCGGCGCAUAUUGGCGAGAUCAAGAAGCUGGCCAAGCCUGCCGACAUCAUCCGACUAGUGUUCGACGGCGUGUUGAUUCUAUUCAAGCUGCCGUUGAUCCCCGUGAAGCAGGUCAAGCUCAAUGUCGCCAAACAAGAGAUCGACUUCGUCGAGACGUCCUUCUCGCCGUACGCUCAGUCGAUGAUGAGCGACUCGAAUUUCCUGAAAAACGUCCAGAGUUUCGGUGCGGUGGGCAAAGAUAUGAUCAACGAAGAGACCAUCGAGUUAUUGACGCCGUACAUGGAGCUGGAAGGCUUCCAACCAAGUGUAGCCAAGAACGCGUCGCUUGCAGCGGAAGGACUGUGCACAUGGGUACGCGCGAUGAAAUUCUACCACGAGGCUUCGAAAGUAGUCAAGCCGAAACUGGAGGCGCUGACGAUCGCGGAAGGACAAAUGGAGGCGGCAAAUAAAGCUCUCAAUGCCGCGGAACAACGCCUGUCCAAGUGUAAAGAGCGCUUGAAUGAGUUGCAGCAGAUGUUCGAAGCUCAGAUGGCCGAGAAGAAGCGCAUCGAGGACGGCGCGAACGCUUUGGCACGUAAAAUGCAACAGGCGUCGGACCUGAUUAACGGAUUAGCAGGGGAACGUGUGCGUUGGACGGACGACUCGAACAACUUCGCCGACCUCAAGAGGAGACUCGUGGGCGACUGUGCUGUCGCCUGUGCGUUUGUGUCGUACUGCGGACCUUUCAACCAAGACUUCCGGACGUAUAUGGUGCAGAACAAGUUUGUUCCGGACUGCGAGACGAGGAAUGUGCCGGUAACGGUGGAUAUCGACGUGAUUACGUUCUUAGUGGACAUUGGCACCGUCGGGGACUGGAACAUGCAGGGGCUUCCGACUGACGCGCUGUCGAUCCAGAAUGGGAUUAUGGUGACGCGUUCGUCUCGCUAUCCGCUGCUAGUGGAUCCUCAGGGUCAGGCGCUGUCUUGGAUUAAGAAUAAAGAGUCCGAACGAGUACCCAGCUACGGUACAACGUCGUUGAAUCACCCGAAGUUAAAGGACCAAUUGGAGUUUUGUAUGGGGGAGGGGAAAGCUCUGAUCGUCGCAGGCGUGGAAGAAGAUAUCGACCCGAUGCUGGACCCCGUGCUGGAGAAACAGAUCAUUAUUAAGGGCAAGAGCAUGUCGAUUAAUGUGUCUGAUAAGAACAUGGAGUUCAAUCCAGCCUUCUCCAUGUACUUUAUCACUCGACUACCGAACCCUCACUUCGGUCCCGAGUUACAGGCCAAGACGACGGUGAUCGACUUUACUGUGACCAUAAAAGGUCUCGAGGAACAGCUUCUCGGUCGCGUUAUUGGGAAGGAGCAGAAGGCGCUGGAAGAACAACUCGCUCAAGUGCUGGAAGACGUCAAUAUGAACACAAAGUCGCUGCUAGCGUUAGACGCGUCUCUAUUGGAGCGUCUGACGUCGAAUACGGGCAACUUACUGGAAGAUGAAGAGCUAAUCGGCGUGUUAGCGAACACGAAAGAGAAGGCCGCAGAAGUGAAGGACAAGCUGAUCGCCGCUGCAGACACACGGAAGUCGAUCAACGAGAAACGCGAGCAGUUCCGACCGGUUGCUACACGAGGCUCGGUGCUCUAUUUCUCGGUCGUGGAGACGUCGCUUAUCAACUGUAUGUACCAGACGUCGUUGAACCAGUUCUUGGCGCUGUUUAUGAAGUCCAUGGACGUCGCAGAGAAGGCGGCGUUAGCGUCCAAGCGAGUGGCGAAUAUCAUUGAGACCAUGACGUACAUUUCGUACCGGUACAUCAACCGCGGUCUGUACGAACGUGACAAGCUGACGUUCGUGUUACUACUAACACUAAAGAUCCUCGUUACGGAUAGUUUACUGACUCGAGAGGAAGUUACGUUACUGAUUCGAGGAGGUGCAGCGCUGGACAUCAAUUCCGUACGCCGGAAACCGUUCUCGUGGAUCUCGAACGAGGCCUGGCUGAACGUCAUCGAGCUGUCUCAAAGUUGCAAGUUUUUCACCAACUUACCGCACGAAAUGGCUUCAAACGAAGGCAUGUGGCGUCGCUGGUACGAAGAUAACGAGCCAGAGACUGUCGUGAUCCCAGAUUACGAAGCCAGACUGGCCGAGAACGAGGCUAUAGGACCGUACUACAAGCUGCUGCUGGUACGGUCACUACGUAUGGAUCGUACGAUCCUCACGACCAAGGAGUUUAUUCGCAACACGCAGCAGAUGGGGCCACGUUAUGUAGAACCCGUAACGGAUACGAUAGAGAGUAUCUUCGCCGAGAUGAAGGCCGAGACGCCUGUGAUCUUCCUGCUGUCUAUCGGCGCUGAUCCCACCGAGAGUAUCGAGAUGUUGGCACGUAAACAGAAGAACCCGUCGCCUGCUGUUGUGUCCAUGGGUGAAGGUCAAGAACCUGUGGCGUUGAAAGCGAUCAACGCGGCGGUGGUGAACGGCACGUGGGUGUUACUACAGAACUGUGAGCUGGGCUUGGAACUCAUGGAGCAGAUGGAAGAUAUCAUGUUAAAACUCACCGAGACGAUGGAUCCAGGCUUCCGUCUGUUCCUUACAGCGCUACCGAACGACCAGUUCCCGUUGGGUUUACUGCAGAUGUCCACCAAGGUGACGAACGAGCCUCCUCAAGGUCUACGUGCCGGGUUGUUACGGUCGUACACAGUCAUGGUGGAUCAGGAGAAACUGGAGCGUGUGGAGACGACGCAGUGGCGUCAACUGCUCUUCAACUUGUGCUUCUUACACUCUGUCGUUAUUGAGCGGAAGAAGUUCGGACCGCUGGGUUGGGGCAUCCCGUACGAGUACAAUAACGGCGACCUGUCGGCCUGUACCAUCUUCCUCGAGAAGCACCUGUACAACGGCCCUAUCUCGUGGCCGACGCUGCAGUAUAUGGUCGCUGAGGUGCAGUACGGCGGCAAGAUCACGGACAAUAUGGAUCGCCGUUUAUUCAACUUCUACGCCGAGUGGUGCCUCACGCCGGACGUGUGUUCGGCUACGUUCAGCUACAACCCGGCCGAGCCGAUUUUCCGUUUGCCGAACGACUUCAACUACCGUAUCCCCGUGGCCGACAACAUCGACGACUACCGGCACUUCUGCCAUACGUUGCCGGAGAUCGACUCGCCGGAAAUCUUCGGGCUGCAUCCGAACGCCGACCUCACGUACCGAGUCAAGGAAGUCAACUUACUGCUUACUACGCUCGGUGACACACAGCCGAAAGGAGGCGGUGGCUCGUCUGGCGUGUCGCGCGAAGACGUCGUGUGUGAGAAAGCUAAGGAACUGCUGGAUAGACUACCGGAAGACUACAAUGAAGACGACUACAAGGCCAAGAUCAACAAGUUAGGAGGACUGACUAUCCCGCUCAACAUCUUCCUGUUCCAGGAGAUCCAGCGUCUGCAACGUGUGAUCGCCAAGGUGCGGUCCAUGCUGCAGUCACUCCAGAUGGCUAUUCGAGGCGAGGUUGUCAUGACCGAGGAGCUGAGUUGGACGCUCGACGCCAUCUUCGACGCUAAAGUGCCACCGUCGUGGUUGCGUACGUCUGUCGGAGAUGAGUUCUCGUGGAUCCUACCAACGCUCGGACUCUGGUUCUCGUCGCUGAUCUCCAGAGACGAACAGAACCGCACGUGGCUGAACACGCGCCGUCCGAACUCGUUCUGGUUAACUGGGUUCUUUAACCCGCAAGGUAUGCUUACAGCAAUGAAGCAGGAGGUCACGCGUAAGCACUCCAAGACGGACAAGUGGGCCCUGGACGACGUGGUCUAUCACACCGAAGUGACGGCCUUCGAACGUGCCGAACAGGUGCGCGCGCCGCCGAGUGAAGGCGUCUACAUCUACGGCCUGUUCAUGGACGGCGCUACGUGGAGCAAGUCUGACGGCACCAUCGUUGAGUCGGAGCCUAAGAAGCUGUUCACGUCGCUGCCUGUUCUUCACGUUAACAGUAUGUCCAAGGAGCUGGAAGCCAAGUCACGCAAGGAGCUGUACGGCGCCGUGGGGCCGUUCGAGUGUCCGUGCUACAAGUACGCGACCCGUACGGACCGGUACUUCGUCUUCAUGGUGACUAUGAAGUGUCCACCGGGCCGUCCGCCGCGUCACUGGGGCCUGCGCGGCGUCUGUCUGCUCUGCAACACCGAGUAG